UCUCCCUGUGUAUUCAUUAACUAAUCUGACGUACUCAACAAGACUCUUUCCUUGAACCUUGCAGACCCUCCUGUUUGGGGCCUACUCCAACACCCCGCCUCCAUCACACACCACAAGAAAUAACAAAAGACCAGUCCGGGAUAAAGACUGAGCAAAACUGUAGAAGAAUUUAGGAAUGUUUUUGCUCCUCUAGAAGGAAGGUCUGUGACAAGCAGGGAACAAGGACGACGGCGCAGCCUGGCCCCGGCUGACGGACGCUGGCGACUCAGUCAUGGACAGUACCUGCCACAACGCGACUGCCAAAAUGUUAGCUACUGCUCCGGCCCGGGGCAACAUGAUGAGCACCUCCAAACCCUUGGCUUUCUCCAUCGAACGAAUCAUGGCGCGCACCCCCGAGCCCAAGGCCCUGCCCGUCCCCCACUUCCUGCAGGGAGCCGUGCCCAAGGGGGACCCCAAGCACUCCCUGCAUCUUAACUCGUCGAUCCCCUGCAUGAUCCCUUUCGUGCCUGUGACGUACGACACGAGCUCCAAGGCAGGAAUGACUGGCUCAGAGCCGCGGAAGGCGAGUCUGGAGGCUCCGGCGGCCCCGACGGCGGCGCCCGCAGCGCCCGCGUUCAGCUGCAGCGACCUGCUCAACUGCGCGCUCAGUCUCAAGGGCGACCUGGCUCGCGACGCGCUGCCACUGCAGCAGUACAAGCUGGUAAGGCCGCGUGUGGUCAACCAUUCUUCCUUCCACGCCAUGGGAGCCCUGUGCUACCUGAAUCGAGGUGACGGCCCAUGCCACCCGGCGGCCGGCGUUAACAUCCACCCGGUGGCCUCCUACUUCCUCAGUUCCCCUCUGCACCCUCAGCCAAAAACGUAUUUAGCUGAAAGGAAUAAACUGGUGGUCCCGGCGGUGGAGAAGUACUCCUCGGGAGUAGCUUUCAAAGACUUGUCCCAGGCUCAACUGCAGCAUUAUAUGAAAGAAAGCGCCCAGCUUCUGUCGGAAAAAAUCGCAUUCAAAACCUCUGACUUCAGCCGAGGCUCUCCUAAUACCAAGCCCAAGGUUUUCACUUGCGAAGUGUGUGGAAAGGUCUUUAACGCACACUAUAACUUAACUCGUCACAUGCCAGUGCACACAGGAGCUAGACCCUUCGUUUGCAAAGUGUGUGGAAAGGGCUUCCGGCAAGCCAGCACCCUGUGCAGGCACAAGAUCAUUCACACCCAGGAAAAACCUCACAAAUGUAACCAAUGUGGCAAAGCAUUUAAUAGAAGUUCCACUUUAAACACACAUACCCGAAUACACGCAGGCUACAAACCGUUUGUGUGUGAAUUCUGUGGCAAAGGAUUUCAUCAAAAAGGGAAUUACAAAAACCACAAGUUGACCCACAGUGGGGAGAAGCAGUUCAAGUGCAAUAUCUGCAACAAGGCUUUCCACCAGGUUUACAAUCUCACCUUCCACAUGCACACUCACAACGACAAGAAGCCCUUCACCUGUCCCACGUGUGGCAAGGGCUUCUGCAGGAACUUUGACCUCAAAAAGCACGUCCGCAAGCUGCACGACAGCAGUCUGGGGCUGGCCCGCACGUCUGCUGGGGAGCCCGGCAUGGACCCGUCGCCCCCUCUUCAGCAGAUGCCACCUGCGACCUUGCCGCCUCCGCUGCCCCCACUGCCACCCCCUGGGCCCCUGCAGCCCGGGCUCCACCCGGCCCAUCAGUGAUCAAGGCCAAAGUCCCUUCCCAGCCCCUUUCGGGUCCCCACUACUGAGGCAACGGGGGAAUAGAGCUGGGUCCUGCAGAUCCAAGCUUGUCUGCAGACCCCAGGGCAUAUUGGGCCCCGUAUGUUAGAGCUGAUCAGAAGCCUCUGCAUUUCCCAGCCUUUCGCCUCUUGCAUGUACCUGCUAAAUGGUUUUGUGUAUUAUAUCCUAUAUAGGCACUAACGAUUAUGAGAAAAUUUGGGGUUUUGUUUCUGAUUUUUUUUUUUUUUUAAUUUGGAAAGACUUCCUCUCGGGUGGAGAGAUGGUGUUUGUUUUGUUUUUUUAAAAAACAAAAUUCUGCUGUAUUUAUUGAGAUCUGUAUUAUCCUACCCGGGAAUGCUGCACCAUUUUAAUUUUAUUAUUGUAUAUAUUUCCAUUGUGUUAUUCUGCUAUCUCCUGAUGCCUGCCGAUCGUUUACUAUCAUUUCCUCUUUCCCUGAGGUAACGAGACACUGUGUGUAUGUUAUAUAUACACGCAUAGAUGUGUGUGCCUGUAAAAGCACGUUCCACAUUCGUGAUCACAUACACACACAUACACAUUAGAGAAAGGUGGUUCACUAUGGAUGAAUUUGAAUUUCGGUUUUGAUUCUUGCACGUGGAAAUUGAUUCAUUGACUGUUGGAAAUAAAUACUUGGA